AUGAAUUUGUCUUUGCAUCUUGCAGAGGAGGUCUUGCAAGGCGUUGCUGGAGGCAUUGAUCUAUUCGACUCCACGUAUAUUUACGAUCUUACCCUUGGAGGCUUUGCGCUAACCUUUCCUCUAGAUGUAUCUGAUUCUCUGCCAUUUGAUACUGGGAGUGACCCCCCAACAAUUAAUUUGAAAGCUACUGUUUACAGGUAA